GUUCCUGUAACAGUUAGUGAACUUGCUUUUUUUGCUUUCUUUAUUGUUUGCUUUUGGUUUUAAACCUGUUCUAAAAACCAUAGAUACAGCUUGACAAAGGUGGUACUCAAGUUGCAGAAUGACAUGUUGUUAUAUAGAGUAAAAACUGUUUCCUUUGGAAUUUUCUUAAGUCAAUCCUAGUAAUAAACUCUUAAGUUGGUUCAUACACAAAUUUUCCGACAUAAAAAAUUCAGAGUCACAAACCAGUUGGGGUUGGAAGGGACCUCUGAAGAUCAUCUGAUCCAAACCCCCUGCUAAAGCAGGUUCUGUAACAGGUUGCACAGGUUUCUAUCCAGGCAGAUUUUGAAUAUCUCCAGAGAAGGAGAUUCCACAACUGGGCAGCCUGUUCCAGUGUUUUGUCACCCUCAAAGUAACGUUUUUUCUCGUAUUCAGAUGGAGCUCCCUGUGUUUAAGUUUGUGCCCAUUGCCCAUUGUCCUGUUGCUGUGCAUCACUGAAAAGAGUUGGCCCCAUCUUCUUGAACCUGGCCUUAAGAUAUUUGUGUUCAUUGAUAAGAUCCCCUCUCAGUAGUCUCUUCUCCAGCUUGAACAGCUUUCUCAGCCUGUCCUCAUGAGAGUGAUGUUCCAGUCUCUCAAACAUCUUUGUAACCCUCUGCCAGACCAUCUCAGUAGUUCCUUGUCUUUAUUGAACCGGGGAUCUCAGAGCUGGACGCAGUACCCCAGAUGCAGCCUCAGCAGAGCAGAGUAGAGGGGGAGAAUAGCCACCCUUAAACUGCUGGCCACACUGGUCAUAGUGCACUCCACAAUGCCAUUUGCCUUCUUGGCCACACAUUGCUGGCUCAUGGUUAACUUGUCUUUUUGUGUUUGUAAACACAGAGUUUAAUUUAUGAUGGACUUUGUACUAAGUCCACUUCCCAGAAUCUAACUGUGAAUUGAAUAUAAAUUGUGUUGGUGAUUUGCAAGAGAUUAGUGGUAGUUUAUUGGAGAGAAUAGGAAAGAACAGUGAAAGGAUUCCAACUAUCCCAGCUGCAAGCUCGCUUGAUCUUUCUGACCUCUUCUAGGCCAGGACAUGAAACCUAAGUAGGAGAUAGAAUGAGAGGAUAGAAAUAGCUAAGGCCUAGAUCCAAAAAAGUAAGCCAUACACUCAUCACCUUUUCAGGCUGUUAUGUUCCCACUUGUCUUCAUUAGGAAAUUAAGAACUUAAGUUCUCUUUUUUGGGUUUGUACCUAGGUCACAGUGAAGAGGUGCCCAGUCAACCCAAGCAAAGAACAGUUAUUACCUUUGUUUAUGGGUUAUUAACCAAUUAUCUAAUUUCAUUCCUCUGUGGCAGUGUGCCUGAAUUCACAAAAUCCAAAGGGGCCUGCCUCCACCUGCCCUUUCUCUGCUCCAAGUUCCCUGGUGCAGCUGUUUUCCAUGUAUUGUCUGCAGCUGUUUGGCACUGGCACCAGCCCAGGCUUGGCAUGUCCUGCAUCCCAUCCUUUGCAUUUGCUGCCAGCAGCUUUUUCCUAAGAUAAGUAAAUGAAGUAAAGGGACCUUGUAAUUUUAAGUUUAUAGCUUUGCAGAGGUGAAUGAGAAAAAGAAUGUACUGCCUUAUAGCUUUUCUGUUUCACCUGCCAAAUACCACAGAUCUAGAGAGGAAAGGCAUGUAAGGACUACCCAAGAGAUCACAAGAAUCCUUGCAGUGUUGGGCAAUGUAAAAUGUAGUUCUGACUACAAAUGAAAUAUAUUUACAGUGAGCUAUGUGGUUAAAUCAUCUAUGUGUAGCUACACACAGCUUAGAAGACAUUUCUCAAAGAGGUAUAGACUGGCCUAGAUCUGGCUCCUCAGAAGCCUCUUUAACAGGAGAGCUGCAAUCUUAUUUAGCACUUUCCUACUGCGUGUGGAAAACCAAGCAGAAAUGAUAAAAACACGGGAUGUUUGCACACAAAUGCAGUAAUAGCUGGAAACUGCCAAAUGAUGUUUAUUCUGAUACCAUGGUGUGUGCUCAAGACAAAAGUUUUCUUAACAUUUUGUGCUGUGCACAGUAAAGGAGAAAAGUUCAGAAAUUAAGAAAGUUCUGGGAAGGAAUCAAUCUUUUUUCCAUAAGCUGCUUUAAAAAAAUUGUUUCUUAGUGUUUUGCAACUCUUAGGAAUUAUCUCAACAGCUGUUUGAGUGGAGAGUCAUUGUUUGGGAGAAUGGGUGACCUUAGCAGGUUCAGAAAUGCAGCUCUCUUGGGCUGAUUGUUCGCUGGUGUCUCAGCACAUUCUGUAUUUUGUACUUGCCUGUUCAAAUGGUCAUGAGAAUUGCUGUAGGAUAUUUUAAAUGAUGAAGGUAUUGUUACUGCUAAUCUUCCUUUUUUUCUUCUUCUUUUUAGGAAUCAGUAAAGAAGAACUACUCCAUCAAUUAAAAAGACAAUUUACAUUUAUAUUUUCCAAAAUAGAUAUGUAUUUUACAAGUUAAUUUAAUAUUUAAAUCAAGAGCACAGGAAAAUGCAAUUCUCUUUGCCAUAAUAAAAAUGGACAACCCAACUUUCCUUUGUAUGAAGCAAUAUGAGAAGAUGGUAUUGUCAGGAAAAAGAUUCCAUUGUAGGAAAGCAUUUAUAUUCCUUUACAUUAAGUGAGGAGAGAAUGACAGCAGCGGCAGUUUCACACAUUAAGAAGUUUACUAAGCAGAACUUCUUUUUUUUAGUUGGUGGAAUGAUAAUUUAUGUAGUUGAUAUUGGAGUCGACUUCUGGGUAGCUAGUAGGUAUUUCUGUCAAGGACAAUAUUCUUGGAGUAUAUUGAUACUCUGUUUUAGAGGUAUUUCAUCAAUAAUAACUCAGAUAUUUAGUUAUGAGUGGUUUAAAAACGACUGGGAAGGUACUGAUACUGGGAAGCAGAAGUUGGUUUUUCUAGUUCAUCUCUUUCAUUGUGGAAUUUUUAUAAGGUAUUGGUUUGCUCUGAAAUAUGGCUGUCAAGUUGCAUUUAAACAAACAAGUAACAGAGGUGCAUCAGAAGUAGAUCCUUCCAACUGCAUUGAAAAAAAAGCUAUUGAUGCAAUGACUGAUAUUAACAUGCUCAGGGUGUUCAAGACGUUUCUUGAGACCACACCACAACUUUUUCUUCAGAUUUACAUCCUCAUGGAACAUGGCAAAACUAAUUUCUAUCAAUAUGCUGCCAUUAUGAUGUCUUUUUGUGGUAUCUCCUUAACAAUGGUUGAUUAUCAGAUAUCACUACGGAAAUCUCUGCCUGACAAAGAUGAAUUUCAUGUGCUUUCCAAGUUCACAUACCUCUUCUAUAAGUUGCUUACCAUCACUUCUUGGAUACUCAGUAUUUCAUUGAUCACUCUACUCAGUGUCAGAAUUUCUGUAAUUCUGCUGAUAUUUCUCUGGAUCGGUGGCUUCACUUGGACUUUGAAACAGCAUACAACAUUUUGCAAGUCUAAGAAGAUGGAAUAUCUGUACAGAACUGUAGUUGGAAUAAUUCUAAUUUUUUCCUUUUUUAACAUAAAGGGGAGAAGAACAAAAGUUUGCAUUUCUAUUUAUUAUGCUACUCACACUGUAAUGACUCUAGGUAUUUUGUUUAUAUAUAUGUUCUGGAAACCUUCCCUUAUGAAAGGAAUAUGUUUUACAAUUAUAAGCAUCUUAACUAUUUUGAGUCUGGUGUUAGGUAUUAUUUUUCUUGUUGUUUAUUACAGUCAUUUUCAUCCCAGUACUUAUUGCAGACCUCAGGCAUAUUCAGAUGAAGUUGAUGGAGUAGCAGGGCAAAAAGUUAGAGUGAAAACAGGUAGAUUUCAUAAUUUCUUAAUGCAAUGAGCAUUACAGGGGUUUUUUGUUGUUUUUGUUUCUUUUGGUUUGUUUGUUUUGGUUUGGUUAUUUUUGUGGCCUUGAAAGCAAAUGCUUGCUGGACAGUGUGUUUCUCUGUAAUUGGUACUUGUGUAGCAUCACUGAGGAGUACAUAGUGGACCAGAGUUGUCGGCUUUGAAUAACUAUUUGCUUUCCAUGAUACAAAGACUCUGUAACAUGAACAUUUGUGUGCUGGUGAAAGUUAGUUUGUCAAAGAAAUUAUUUAACCUAUUCAUCCAACACAAUUCAUAGUUUUAGGUUUUUAGCAAUGCAAAUGUAACAUAGAAAAAGCUAAGAGUUAAUUAAAUGAAAUAUAGCAUUAAACCCA